GCGGAGGAGGAAGGAGGGAUGACAGAGAGCUGAGCAGCAUCUCUCCUUUUUCAGACGCUUCGUUUUCUUUUUAUUCUACAAGGGGUUGAUGUUGUUUAGUAUGUCCUCUCUCUCUCGCUGGGCGAUCGAGGGACGACACAGCGAUGUGCUAAGCUGUCAGUCAUGUCUGAGCCUUCUUAACCGUUGUCUCCUGGACAUGAGUCUCUGCUGAGCGGCCUCGUCUUCCUCUUUGCUUCCUCUCUGGAGUGUCUUGAUUCUCCUGGUUAAUUAUUCAUUCGUCACCUGAUCGUCGUCUUUAUGUAAGAGACAGAAGUGAUGUUUGUGUCUGUGUGGUACGCCAAGAAGAUGGGACGACGAUUCAUCAACAACGUGAGACGAGCCAAGAGACACAGGCAGAGAAUGAUGAUGAACGGAUCAGAAGGAGAACUGGAAUAUGAGGAGAUCACACUGGAGAGAGGAAACUCUGGCCUGGGCUUCAGCAUCGCAGGAGGAACAGACAACCCUCACAUCGGAGAUGACCCGUCCAUCUUCAUCACCAAAAUUAUCCCUGGAGGAGCCGCCGCCCAGGAUGGACGACUCAGGGUGAACGACAGCAUAGUGUUUGUUAACGAUGUGGACGUCCGUGAGGUCACGCACUCCUUCGCUGUGGAGGCACUAAAGGAGGCGGGGCCUGUCGUCAGGCUGUACGUCCUACGGCGACGCCCUCCCAGUGAACGCAUCACACAGAUCAAACUAAUGAAAGGACCUAAAGGUCUGGGCUUCAGUAUAGCAGGAGGUGUAGGGAACCAGCAUGUUCCAGGAGACAACAGCAUCUACGUCACCAAGAUCAUCGAGGGAGGAGCCGCUCACCGAGACGGUCGACUGCUGAUUGGAGACAAGAUCCUGGCUGUGAACCACGUGUCUCUGGAGGACGUCCUGCAUGAAGACGCCGUGUCGGCACUGAAGAACACAGGCGAGGUCGUCUACCUAAAGGUGGCCACGCCCACCUCUCAGUACAUUCAUCCAGCUGAUCGGUACAGCCCCCCCGACUUGACCAGCUCCUACAUGGAGCCUGACUACAUGUGCGAGUACCCACAAGCCCUUCCUCCUCCGUCGCCACGGCGAUACUCACCCAUUCCACGUGGCAUGAUGGGAGAGGACGACUACUCCAGGGAACCUCGUAGGAUCUGUGUGCAGCGUGGGUCCACAGGUCUGGGGUUUAACAUCGUCGGAGGAGAGGACGGAGAGGGAAUUUUCAUCUCCUUCAUCCUCGCAGGAGGUCCAGCAGACCUGAGUGGAGAACUCAGGAAGGGAGACCAGAUCCUCAGUGUGAAUGGUGUCGACCUCAGGUUUGCGACACAUGAACAAGCAGCAGCAGCUUUGAAGAACGCUGGACAGACAGUCACCAUCAUCGCCCAAUAUCGACCUGAGGAGUACAGUCGUUUUGAAGCCAAGAUCCAUGACCUGAGGGAGCAGAUGAUGAACAGCUCGUCUGGGAGUCUAAGAGCCAACAGAACCUUCUACGUUAGGGCACUGUUUGACUACGACAAGCAGUGGGACUGUGGAGUCCUCUCUCAGGCCCUGGACUUUAACUUUGGGGAGGUCCUCCAUGUGAUAGACAGCAGUGAGGACGAGUGGUGGCAGGCCAGAAGGGUAAACCAGCAGGGGGAACUAGAGGAGCUGGGAUACGUGCCCUCCAAGCACAGGGUGGAGAGGAAGGAGUGGUCGCGUAUGAAGAGCAAAGGUCGAGAAGGUUUCGUCCACAGCUAUGAGCUCGUCACACAGAUCGAAGUCGACUACGCUCGUCCCGUCAUCAUCCUGGGUCCGACCAAGGAUCGAGUCAACGACGACCUACUGUCAGAGUACCCAGACAAGUUUGGUUCCUGUGUCCCACACACAACCCGUCCUCGCAGGGACUACGAAGUCGAUGGGAGAGACUAUCACUUUGUGGCAUCGCGAGAGCAGAUGGAGCGAGACAUCCAGUCCCAUCGGUUCAUCGAGGCCGGGCAGUACAACAACCACCUAUAUGGGACGUCGGUGCAGAGCGUGAGACAGGUGGCCGAGCAGGGUAAACACUGCAUCCUGGAUGUAUCAGCCAAUGCUGUACGGAGGCUUCAGGCGGCUCAGCUUCAUCCUGUCGCUAUCUUCAUCAGGCCACGAUCUCUGGAGAACAUCCUGGACCUAAACAAGCGUCUGACUGAGGACCAGGCCAGAAAAGCUCUGGACAGAGCUGUCAAACUAGAACAAGACUUCCUGGAGUGUUUCACAGCCAUCGUCCAUGGUGACAGCUUCGAGGAGGUCUACCACCUGGUCAAAGCCGUCAUCGAGGAGCAGAGCGGUCCCUACAUCUGGGUCCCGACCCGAGACAGACUCUGAUCCGCCAUUAUCUGUUUAUGGGUCCAGACAUUUGUCCUGCUAUGGGAAGAUGAGUGAGCUGAGCGGCUAGAUGGUUGCCACGGAGACCAUCACAGGUCGUCUCUCCACAAUUCAAUAUUGACUCACUAACAAUAAUGUCAGUGAACUGAGGACAUAGUUCAGUAUUUAUAUGAUCCUAUUUAUUAUUAAUUUAUCUUCAUUUAUUCCUGUAAUGUGUAAAUGGUGACUGUGAGCAUGUCGUAUCAUUAAGACUCGUGUGGCUGUAAAUAAAAUGAUGGGGCUCAAACACACAGUCUAUUCAGGGCUUAAAGUAUCAGACAACCACAGGACUACAAAUCCCAUAAUCCAUCUCUGCUAUGAAUGCAUUGACCACAACGUGCUUCACCCCCAUACAGCUCACAGAGCUUUAUAUUCUGACAACAGCACCACCCGUCUGUUUACUGGGACCAGAUGUUGGUCCAUCUGAGCUGCACCAGGUCUGGAGCUGGUUUGUUUUUUUAACAAAUUGAGACGUCAAGGUGGUGAAACAACCACAUCCUCUAUGAUUUGGACCCACAUGCACCUGUAACAGUUUUCCUUUUCUUCUGGAUUACAAAGCCCGCAAUCCUGUGGCUGCUGGGUCAGUUUUUAGGACCUGCUGUAUCUGUGUGGACUACACCCCCUCCCUACAUGGACUACAUCACCCAGCUGUGGUAGAGGGUCACAACUAGUGAAGGUCUAGUGCUGGGUCAGUGCUACUGGUACUCCUUGAUUCAACUACAGGACUCCAUUACCCAUAGUGCUUUGGGAGACCUUACAGCGAAUGUCAUGUGAGUGAAUGUGUUACCAUGGCAAACGCAUCUGAUCCUGAAUCCAACAUGGCUGUUGCUGCUCUCAAAACCACUUCUGAUGGUUCCAGUGGGCUUUUGGACUGAAAUUCAGGGUCGUGUGACUAAUUAUGAUCAUUAUUAUAAUAAUCUGAUUUACUGAUGAUGUGACGUCAUCACAGACACUGAGGUCGUUUUCUCUGAGCACUGACACAAACCCACUUUAUAGAACUGCAGUAUAUCUGAGUAUUUAUUAACCUGACACAAACAGCAGCACUGACACCGACUUGUUGUAUAUUAAAAUAAAUUAGUUAUAAAUGAAAUUCAGCUAAAAUAAAUUCCUUAUAAAAGAA